GAAUAAGUUCAGCAGGCCGUAGAGAGCAAGCCCUUUUCUGAACAAACUGUUCUGCGCGAGACGCUCACUCAGACCUCUGCCUUACACGGAAGCUUUAAAAAGACCCUGAAAAAGCCGGGCUUGACUUUUUUACUCCUCUGAGCACACCAGAAGAUGGACAAUCAGAGGGGUUCUCAGUCCCGCCCCACGGAAGUAGGUGGGCACAGGCAGGGCUCAGCGAACACCAGUACUCAUCACAACCCCCAUGGAGGCGGGAGAAGAAGAGCUCAGCGCUCAUCCCACUCGGAAAGUCAUGCCUCAGAAGACCAUUUCUUCUUCCCCGAGGCUUUCGGGCCUGUGCAUGGCUCUAGAGGCGAGAUCGUGUGGUUCAACAGCAACAUGUACAAGCAAGCCGAGGACUACUUUCAGAACUCGUCAAGCUUGGGGACGAGUCCGAGAGAGCAGGUCGUCCACCGCUCCCUGGUGUUCAGAGCUAAACGGAAACCGACUCAGCCCAGUGGAGAGGAGGGCAAACGUAUCCGUUCUCGGUCCUACAGCGCUCAGAAAAACCAGCGCUCAUUCUCCGAGCCGCAGAGGGGACGCAGGAAGAGGGGUUACUCAGAGACGGAGCAUCCCACUCAGAGAAAACGGGACAACAGCAUCAUGAGCGGACUCCAGUGCCUGGCCCAGGAGAAGAUCUGGUUCGACAAAUCCAAAUAUGACGAGGCAGAGCGACGCUUCUACGAGGGAAUAAACGGCAUACCUUCGGCUCCUCAGGAGACAGACGCUAAUGGCUUCCUGCAGGACAUGGUUAAAGCCCGCCAGGCUAUCCAGCAGUCCCUAGCCGGAAGUCAGAAUGCCAGCAAAUCAGAAGAUCAGAGCGAGCUGGUCUCACGAGUAAAGAGCCUGGAGCUGGACAACAAGAACCUCCACAAAGUGGUGGAUGACCUGAGGGCCAUGCUGUCCAAACUAGAGAGCAGAUUAUCUGUGCUGGAGAAGACUCCGAGUCAGGCUCCCAAAGCAGCGGCCGCUUCACAGGCUGCUCCAGCUCCGAAACCCAAAGUGGUGGUAAAAGAAGAAGAAGAGGACGACGACAUCGACCUGUUUGGCAGUGACGAGGAAGACGAAGAGGCCGAGCGCAUUAAAGCACAGAGGGUGCAGGAGUACGCCGCGAAGAAGGCUAAAAAACCCGCCCUCAUCGCCAAGUCCUCCAUCAUACUCGACGUCAAACCUUGGGAUGACGAGACAGACAUGGCCAAGCUGGAGGAGUGUGUGCGUUCAGUGCAGAUGGACGGUUUGCUCUGGGGUGCCUCCAAACUGGUGCCCGUCGGUUACGGCAUCAAGAAGCUGCAGAUCAACUGCGUGGUCGAGGACGACAAAGUCGGAGUCGACAUACUCGAGGAGGAAAUCACCAAAUUCGAAGACUAUGUCCAGAGUGUUGAUGUUGCUGCUUUCAACAAGAUCUGAGCGUUUGCUCGACAAUCAACUCAUCACCUCAUUUCAAAGGGCUGCCUGCUGCUUUUCUGUUGCACAGUUACCAAUAAACAGUUACAAAGCCUUA